AUGUUUUGUGCGGCUGUAGCGCGUGUCAGUGUCUUUGGUGGCACCCCGGCUUGGGCCUACCGCCGAGCGAUCGUGGCGACCCGCUGCAUCCGGGCAUGUCGACGGACACCUUCUAAUAUUGCUCAUAGGCUGGCAAGGUCCGGCACGAACCAUGCGGGCCCGAUCUCGGCCGCAAGCACCUCCGACGCCGGUUCCUCCCCCGCUGCCGAGUCCCUCUUCGCUCCAGCGGGCACCACCUUUGCCGGCCUAGGCCUGAGCCCGGGCAUCUGCGAUGCCCUGGCCGCCUCAGGUUUCCACCAGCCCACCGCAGUCCAGGCCCUCGCCGCCCCUGCCCUGCUGGCCGGCUCGGAUGUGGUGCUGGCCGCGGAGACGGGAAGUGGGAAGACGCUGGCCUACCUGGCCCCACUGCUGGCCCGCGCGCAGGCGCCCCAAGCCUCCGGCGCCCCACCCUCUACCCUGGUCCUCUGCCCCAACGCCGCGCUGUGCGGCCAGGUGGCGGCGGCGGGCGCGGCGCUCCUCCCCUCCGCGCCCCCGCCCUGGACGGUGUCCUCCCGCACGCUGCCGCCGCGCACGCUGCCACCGCUGGUGCUGGCCACGCCGGGGUCACUGGUCACCGCCCUGGACGGCGCAGCGGGCGAGGACUGGACGCGCGAAGGGCUGCCUCGCUGGGCGCGCUGCGUCGUGCUGGACGAGGCCGAUAUGCUGCUGGGGGGCAGCUACGGCCGCGACAUCGAGGCGGUGCUGGAGGCGCUGCGGGCGGGGGAUCGGCGCGACGCCGCAGAGCGCGUCUGUGCGCAGCUGGGGAUGGAAGAGGAGGAGUUCCGGGCCCUGCCUCGCCACCUCAGGCAGAGCGCCUACGCCGAGGGGCCCUCGGACAGCUGGCGCAGGCAGUACGUCUUUGUGGCCGCCACAAUGCCCGUGGAUGGCAAGUAUGAGGUGGGCACCAAGCUGCGCCGCGCUUUCCCGCAGGCCGUGUGGCUCGCGGGGCGGCGCCUGCACCAGCAGACCCGGGACCUACAGCACGACUGGCGUCGGGCGGAGGGCGAGCAGGAGCGCGCCCGUGUGCUGCAGGAGGUCAUCGCCGGGGACAAAACCAUGGGCCCCGGCACGACCACGCUGGUCUUCGCACGCGACGUGUCCAGCGCCGACGCCACGCUGAGCGCGCUGCGGCGGACCUGCGCGGCGCGCGGCGCGGCGCUCCUGCGCUACCACAAGGAGGUGCCGCAGGCGGAGCGCGAGGACCUGCUGCGCACCCUGGCGGCGCCGGGGUCGAGCGCGCGCGAGCCCAUCGUCCUCGUCUGCACCGACGCUGCGGCCCGGGGGUUGGACCUGCCCAGCGUCAACCACGUCGUGCAGGCCGACUUUGCGGCAUCCGCCGUGCACUUCCUGCAUAGGGUGGGUCGUACAGCACGUGCAGGGAGGAAAGGGCGCGUGACGUCCCUGUAUGGGAGCGAGGCGGAACCCCUGGUGGACGCCCUGCGCGCUGCCAUCGCCGCAGAUGAGCCGGUGGAGGGGGCGUUCAGCAGGAAGAGGUCCUUUCGGAAGAAGUUCAAACGGUAUGGGCAGUAUGUGCCGCGUGGGCAGACACUGUCGGGGGAGACAGGCACGGGCAGGGAGGCCCGAUGA